CGCAUCGGUUUACUACGGUGAGGCAUUACUGUAACGUAAUUUAUGUAACGAAAUCUGUACAGCAUCUGUACACCUGCUGAAUCCGUAAAGUCGCAAAAGUCAGACGUCGAUAAAUUUUUAUCCGUAAUAUGUAUUUAUUAACAUUGCAGCUGUUGCGUAAAUAUUUAAUAAUAAACUCAAUUAUUACAAGAGAAUCGAAGAUUGAAGUUGAUUUAAUAAUUACGAUAUUAAUGCAGUCUCGAGUUUCGGCCCUGGCAGCGCUACAGGUGAACUCGAUUUGAACUCCGUCGGCUUUUCAUAUUUAUUGAUCGAGCUUCCGCAGAAUAAAGCCGGAGACUAUGGCUGUCAAACAAAAGUUACACUGACUCUAUCGAACGUAACCGAGUACUUUAAUUAAUAGCAUAUAAUCGAGAUGUAGCAAUAAAAAUUGCAAGAAAUUAAUACUGUUCCAUUACAAAUGACUGAAUAAAGAGGUACUGGAACAGCGAACAUGGAGAAAAGAGGAAGCGCAGAGCUCUUGAACGUGGAGCAAAACAAUUCUAAAAAUGCUAGCUCAGAUUCCCUUAACUCAGAUAGUAAGAGCAGCUCGCUCAAUUCCAAAAUGGGUCAAGAAUCGAAUUUGUCUAGUGGAGAUGCAGGUCCUACACUCCUGAACGGAGAAAGGAUGCAGGGCAUAGCUCACGAGGUAACAUAUCUGUGCCCCUAUUCAGGACCAGCUAGAGGAAUUCUUAGCGUCACAAAUUACAAGCUCCACUUUCGAAGCACCGACCGCGAAACACCGUAUGUCGUUGAAGUGCCUCUGGGUGUGGUAAGCAGAAUCGAGAAGGUCGGCGGAGCGUCUAGCAGGAGAGAGAAUUCCUAUGGAAUCGAAGCGUUCUGCAAGGACAUGCGGAAUCUCAGAUUUGCUCACAAGCAGGAGAAUCAUUCGCGAAGAGAUGUUUUCGAGAAGCUCCAACAGUAUUCAUUCCCGUUGUCUCAUAAGCUACCGUUAUUUGCCUUCGAAUACUCUGAAACGUUCCCCGAGAACGGCUGGAACGUGUACGAGCCCAUAGCAGAGUUGAAGAGAAUGGGCGUGAACAAUGAUAUGUGGAAAAUAUCAAAGAUCAACGACACGUACUCUAUAUGCGACAGCUACCCAGCGGUGUGGGCAGUGCCUACGGCGGCGACCGAUGAAGAUCUACAAGCAUCCGCGGCCUUCAGGAGCAAAGGAAGACUUCCGGUGCUGUCGUGGAUUCAUCCGGAGAGUCAGGCAACGAUCACCCGUUGUGCCCAGCCACUGGUGGGCGUAGGUGGCAAAAGGAGUCGCGAGGACGAAAGAUACGUACAACUGAUCAUGGACGCAAACGCGCAGAGUCACAAAUUAUUUAUUAUGGACGCUCGGCCGAUGCCUAACGCGGUGGCGAAUAAGGCGAAGGGUGGAGGCUAUGAGAACGAAGACGCUUAUCAGAACGCGGAGCUAGUGUUUUUAGACAUUCCUAAUAUUCACGUGAUGAGGGAAAGCCUUAGAAAAGUGAAAGAAUUAUGCUUUCCAAAGAUCGAUGAAGCGAGAUGGUUGUCGGGAAUAGAAUCCACCGUUUGGCUGAAACAUAUCAAGUACGUGCUCGCAGGAGCGCUGAAGAUAGUGGACAAAGUCGACAAUCACAAGACGUCGGUGCUGGUGCACUGUUCCGACGGCUGGGACAGAACGGCGCAGCUCACAGCUCUUGCCAUGUUAAUGUUAGAUCCGUAUUACAGAACUAUCAAAGGUUUUGAGGUUCUUAUAGAAAAGGAGUGGCUGAGUUUCGGCCACAAAUUCCAACAGAGGAUCGGCCACGGCGACGAGCACCACAGCGACGCGGACAGGUCCCCGGUGUUCUUGCAGUUCAUGGACUGCGUGUGGCAAAUCAGCCGUCAGUUGCCGAACGCGUUGGAGUUCAACGAACAUUUUCUUAUCACUAUACUCGACCAUCUGUACUCCUGCAGAUUCGGCACGUUUUUAUACAGCAGCGAACGCGAGAGGGUACAGGCUCAAGUAAAGCAGAAAACCGUCUCGUUGUGGUCGUACACAAACAGUCAAUUAUCACUGUAUCAAAACCCCCUGUACUGGUCACAGCCGACCUACCAACCGGUUCUGCUGCCGAUAGCUAGCAUGAGGUACAUAAGGCCCUGGAAGAGCGUGUACUGCAGAUGGAAUCCUAGUAUGCGACAACAGGAUCCCGUUUAUCAACGAACGAGGGAACUUCUAGUCUUGAACGAGCAACUGGAGAAACAGCUCGAGGAGGGUCGGCGCGAGCAAGCUUCCCGCGCGAACCGAUCGCUGACUUCGCCGGCGCCACCCAGACUGCAUUCCCCGGUUCACUCAUAGUUGACUUCACCCGUCCUCUAACGAUUUGUAGUUAUUGUAAAACGUGCCUCUCAAAUGCUUCCUUCUCGCUCCCCUCGCCGGAGCCAGCGGCGGGCACCGUUCGACUAAAAGAACUUCGCAAUCGCUGUGUAUAUUACGCUCGUUGAUAAAGGAGAAAGAAAGGGAACGCAAGACGUUUACGAAUGUUGCGCAAAUUCACUGUCUACGGGCCUGUCCUCCUUCCCAAUUGAUCGUGGAAUGUAGGAAACACGCGGACUCCUGGAGAAAAAGAGACCAUCGGGUCAGUCGAUACACGCGUUGUGCAUUCCCCGGUUUGCGUUUCGACAUGUAACUUUCGGAAACCUGGUUUCCGGCUCGCCAAUGUUGGCCGAGCUAGUAGCGUCUCGUGUACGUACUCAUUUCAUCAUUUUCUGAUUCGACAGAAUCCUCAACAGAUUUAUGGCAGGCGCCUCCGCGAUCAACGAGAGAACCGUGCUGCAGAUGUAUGUGAUCACUAUCAUUCCGAUGGCCAUGUUACCCUAAGAAAAGAAAAGGAAACGAGACGUUAACCGUUGGUCCGUUCGAUUAGUUGUGGUUCGGUCAACUGAAAAUGUUGCAAUUUACCGUUGAUAGUAUAUCGAAGUAAUGCGGAUACUUAUUGUUCAAGUUCACCGAGCUGAUGAUGAACGGGUUCGCGAGGUAAGCGCAGAACGUGAGCCUGCUCAAUGGUAUGAACAGCUUGAACGACAGGAUCUUGUUCACGAUACCUGCGAGAAGCAAAGAGCUAGAGGAUCGAACGAACCUUCUGUUAUUGAACGAGCAAGCAUUCGAAUUACCUCCGUUGUUCGUGACGCACGCGAACGUCAGCCACGCUAUGCCGAUGCCCCAAAAUGUUCUGGACAAUGAGGUGUAGAUAACGCUUCCGUAGAUCGGCAGAUCUCUUUUCACUCCGGUGAAAAGGAUCCCGCAGUUGCACAGAAUGCUGAGAGUCCAACCGAUCGUUCGGUCCCUCUGAAUUGUCAAUAUUAAUCUUAAUAAUGAUUUUAAUAAAUUUGCAUACCGACGA